AUGUGGGCGGUUCCGUUACCACCACCUGCUUUAAUGGCGCUGUCACGAGGAAUCCACGGAGGAGGCUCUUAUGGUAUUAAUUGGUAUACGUUCUAUCGCCGCCCGCGAGGAAAUGUGAAAAAAUAUCUAGGCGAGAGUUACUACCUCCCAG